AUGAAUUCAUGCAUGGGCAACAACAGUAAAAACGUUGAAAUCACAGAAAAAAAUGUAUGCGCUGAAAAAGCGAUAAGUCUUAGAAGUCGAAGUGAUGCUCGAGGCAUAUCGCGUACGGAAAGGUAUCAGCAGCGGCAGCAGCACCAGUGCAAGGCGCCGUCGAGAUACAUGAAGGAUCUGCCAGCCACGGCCGUGAUCAUCUGCUUCCACAACGAGGCCUGGUCGGUGCUGCUGCGUACCGUGCACUCGGUGCUCGACAGGUCGCCCGACCACCUCGUUCAGGAAAUCAUCCUCGUCGACGACUACUCCGACAUGCCCCACCUGAAGCGACAGUUGGAAGACUAUAUGAUGAACUACCCGAAGGUGCGAAUCCUGCGAGCUCAGAAACGCGAAGGACUGAUAAGAGCGCGACUUCUGGGCGCGGCGGUGGCGACGGCGCCCGUGCUCACCUAUCUCGACAGUCACUGCGAGUGCACCGAGGGUUGGCUCGAGCCUCUCCUCGACCGUAUCGCUCGCAACUCGACGACUGUCGUUUGUCCUGUGAUCGACGUCAUCGACGACACCACCCUCGAGUAUCACUGGAGGGAUUCCGGCGGCGUUAACGUCGGCGGUUUCGACUGGAAUUUACAAUUCAACUGGCACGCGGUACCCGAGCGCGAGAAGAAGCGUCACCUGAACCCAGCCGAGCCGGUCUGGUCGCCGACGAUGGCUGGCGGCCUGUUCGCCAUCGACCGCCAGUUCUUCGAGAGGCUGGGCACCUACGACAGCGGCUUCGACAUCUGGGGCGGCGAGAACCUCGAGCUCUCCUUCAAGACUUGGAUGUGCGGUGGCACGUUGGAGAUAGUGCCGUGCUCGCACGUGGGUCACAUCUUCCGCAAGCGCUCGCCCUACAAAUGGCGCAGCGGCGUGAACGUGCUCAAGAGGAACAGCAUUAGGCUCAGCGAGGUCUGGCUUGACGAGUACGCCAAGUACUACUACCAGAGGAUAGGACACGACAAGGGAAAUUAUGGGGACGUGUCGGAGCGUAAAGCGCUGAGGAAAAAGCUCAGCUGCAAGUCCUUCAAAUGGUAUCUUGACAAUGUUUACCCGGAGCUCUUCAUUCCCGGCGAGGCGGUCGCUUCCGGCGAGGUGAGAAACUUGGGCGAGGGCGGCAACACCUGCUUGGACUCGCCGGCCAGGAAGGCCGAUUUGCACAAGCCCGCCGGCCUCUACCCUUGCCAUCGCCAAGGAGGCAACCAGUACUGGAUGCUGAGCAAGACCGGCGAGAUACGCAGAGACGAGUCGUGCCUGGACUACAGCGGCACCGACGUUAUCUUGUACCCAUGCCACGGCAGCAAGGGCAACCAGCAGUGGACCUACAAUACUCAGACGAAGCAGAUCAGGCACGAGAGCAGCGGCAAGUGCCUGGCGAUCACGGAGAGCAAGCAACGUCUGCUGAUGGAGGAGUGCAAUCCGAGCGCCGGCAGACAGAGGUGGGCCUUCGAGAACUACGACCCAUCGAAGCUGUGAUACCGCGUGCCGCUGCUGCCACGCCAACAACAGCAUCGCCGUCGCCGUGGCGGCUCUGGAGUGAACCUGCUCGCGGCGACGCUCAUGCUGAUACUCUGAGCAUUCCAUACUUCCUCCUUCCUGGCAGUCUUCGAGCGUACGAGACUGAGGGAGCGCGCGAGUUGACUCUUUGACAAUUGUUACGAUCGACGAGAGAAAGACAAUUAUUUUUGUAUUUUUUCUAUAUACAUGUAGGCGCUUAGGCCUUUGUACAAAUACUCUGUAAAAAAAAAGAAGAAAGCUGAAAAACACUCACUCACCCGAUACACUCACAUACGAUUCUAAUGCCAGUUUGUUCUACUUAGGAUUAGAGAGAAUUUAUGAGAUUGCGUGAGAAAAAGAGACGGAAAAGAGCGCGUGCGCGCGUGAGACUGAUUGUGCGAUUGUGGUAUAAAUAUUGAAAGUCUGUGCAAUGAGAGAGACUUUAAAAAUUAGCUCAUUACUAGUUGCCAAUCUAUUGUAAUCGAAUAAACAAAAAUAAUAAUGGAAAAAAAACAAAAAAAUAAAAACAAAUAAACAAUCUUCAAAGUGGCGUCGCCGUUCGUUGCUGCUCGCCGCCGUUGUGUGUUCAUAGGCAUCUGUCAAAGAGCCCCUUUUAUCAUUUUUCAUUGUCGAACAGAAAUACCGAACAGAAACAAAGGCUGGGAGGUCCCGUGUAUAAUUAGGCGCGAGCUGCAUGUAACCUAACAGACCGACGUACGCUGAUUAUUAUACAUAAAUAAUUAUAAACGAAGCAAGAAAAACACAUACAGACAAAAACACACACAUGCAUUUUGUACGUUUGGAGUUAAGGAUGUGGCAUAUCGUAAGAGAAAGUGACAUAUGAAGUUGGCGGCUCCGUGAGACAGCCGUCAUCUCCCCCGACGUGCCUUAUACAUUUCCAUGUAAAUAAAGUACUAAGAAGUUUUUAGACGUUGUAAACGAAAGGGAGGAUGCGACGCUAGUUGCGUUUGCCCGAUCGACGACAGUUCCGCGGCGAGAUGCCGCGGAAGCAAGCGAGCAUUUGUGUUGAGAGAGAUGAACAGCUAAUAAACGAAAGCAAAAAUCGAUGUUGUUUUAUGUUACAUC